CAGACACAGAACAACUCCUCCUCCAAGAGAGAGCAACAAGAGCAGCAACAGAUAUACUACUGAAGCUAAACUCUAGCUUUGACCAAGAGAACUACGAGAACUCAACAGAGAAAAUAACCAGAACAAGACAUUUCUUACAAGAUCUACUCGAUCCGACGACAAACUCCCUGACUACUCGCAAGAGACUAAAGAAGACUUUUGCAGAACCUGAAGACUUAUUUGUGUCUAAGAUACUCAGAGAAAAACAAAGAAAAGCAAAAUGUCUGCUGGAAUGAACAUGAGACUGAUUUCUUUCUUCUGCCUCACUCUCUCCUACCUGGCUGUGGCUCAGGAGUGCAGUGGGCAGUGUAGUUGCCCCGAUGUGGCCCCCCAGUGCCCUCCUGGUGUGAGCCUGGUACCCGAUGCCUGCAGCUGCUGCAGGGUGUGUGCCAAACAGAUGGGCGAGUUCUGCACAGAGAGGGACGUGUGCGACCCCCACAAAGGACUCUUCUGUGAAUUUGGCUCCCCCAUCAACCGCCGCAUAGGAGUCUGUACAGCUAAGGGUGGCGCCACCUGUGUGAUCGGAGGGAUGAUGUACAGGAGUGGAGAGUCCUUCCAGAGCAGCUGUAAAUACCAGUGCACGUGCCUGGACGGUGCCGUGGGCUGUGUGCCCCUGUGCAGCAUGGACAUCCGCCUGCCCAGCCCUGACUGCCCCAUGCCCCACCGCGUCAAAGUGCCCGGGAAGUGCUGCGAGGAGUGGGUGUGCGAUGCCCCCCAACACACAAACAGCUUUGUGGGCUCUGUUCUCGCUGCUUACAGAGAGGAGGAGACCUACGGGCCUGACCCCUCCAUGAUGAGGGAGAACUGCCUGGUCCAGACCACUGAGUGGAGCGCCUGCUCUAAGACCUGCGGCCUGGGCAUCUCUACCAGAGUCACCAAUGACAACCGCGAGUGCCGCCUGGAGAAACAGUCCCGCCUAUGUAUGGUCAGGCCCUGCGAGUCCCACAUGGAGCAAAGCAUUAGGAAGGGAAAGAAAUGCAUCCGCACACCAAGAGUGUCCAAGCCCAUGAAGUUUGAGAUCUCUGGCUGCACCACCACCAAGUCCUUCCGCCCCAAGUUCUGCGGAGUGUGCACCGAUGGUCGUUGCUGCACCCCCCACAGAACCACCACCCUGCCCAUGGAGUUCAAGUGCCCCGACGGCCAGGUCAUGAAGAAGCAGAUGAUGUUCAUCAAGACCUGUGCGUGCCACUACAACUGCCCCGGCGAGAACGACAUCUUCGAGUCCAUGUACUACAAGAAGAUGCUUGGAGACAUGGCGUAAAUAAUUACAUCACCAAAGAGCAAAAACAACCAAUGACUCUUAACUUGAAUCCAACAGAUAUCCAUCUCAUCUCGCAGCACAAUAUUUGUUUUUCUUUUCGUUUAUUAUUUUCUAAUUUUCUAAUUUUGCAUUUUGUACAAGGACAGAAACCUAUAUGCGUAUAUUCAAUGUAUAUAUGUAUGAGUAUAUUGAUGGAUGUUUAGGGCCACUUUCCCUAAAGACAAGGGGGCUGCUCUGCGGCCCCAAGAAAAAUACUGCACUAUUGUUCUACUAUGUGACAACCUAUGUUGUUGUCACAAAUUGGCUGAUGCCUUGUUCCCCUCUCCCUAAACUGUGGUGUGGAUCCAACUAACUGGGUUGUUUCCAACCUCGGAGCACUUGCAGUAACGAAGGGUGAAAACUUUUAACCCCAGUAGAGACACUUAAAUCCUUUACCCACCAGAGUGCUACAGCACCAGAGUGCUAGUUGAAUGUGCCCUUGUGUAUAGUUCACUGUUUGCAGAGCCUAACUGUUGCAGUGUUAAUGACAGGUCAUGGUUUAUCCCAUGCUGAAAAACAGCCGUCCUCCCAGACAAGGAGCGUAGUGUGCAUGCUUUGAGGGUUUGCCACAGCACUGAGAAAAGAGGUGUUUGACUUUGACUGACUGAUACAGGUUGCAAGGAAGGAAUCUGUAUUUUGUCAAAAAAGACUGGAGGAUUUGUAGCUUCAUUCCUUUUUUUGAUAUUAUUGAUGCUGUAAAUGUUGUACAUAUUGUUGUACAGUUGUUGAAGUUAAUUUAAAGUUAAAAAACGUUUGUUUUUUGUUUUUUCUCUUGCUUCAAUAUGUUUAUUGAUAGCUUAUUUGCUGGGUUUGACUGUUCCUGUGACAGUUUUGGUACUAUUUUAUUGAGAAGUGUGACAAAGAAGUUACAUGUUUUCACUUUUGUAGUUUGGAAUAAAAUAUUAUAUUUUUUAUAUAAA